GAUUAGGGUUUCUGAAGCUUUUCCAUCACGCUAGGGUUUAGGCGGCGGCCACCACCGGUGGAUCCGAUGUCUGAGCUGGCAAGCUCCGUGUCUCCUCCGGGAGAUUCCUCUCCUGUUCAAUCCAAGCAACUUUCGUAUGCAGCAGCAGUGAAUAAGCGUCCGUCACUUAAAAAACAUGAGUUUCAAGUCAGUUUGGUUGAUGGUAUUCCAACGAUUGAGGUUCCUUCAGCAGUUAUCAGUGAUUCCGUUCCCCUAUGGGAAGAUUUUCUUGUUGGUAGAUUUCCGUCUACUGCUCCCCACGUCGCUAAGAUCCAUGUUAUUGUUAACAAAAUAUGGUCUCUUGGAGAUAAAACAGUCCGAAUCGAUGUGUAUGAGAAUAACACCACUUCAGUCAAGUUCCGAAUUCGAGAUCAAGCAACCAGAUUGAGAGUACUGCGUAGGGGUAUGUGGAAUAUUGCAGGGCUUCCCAUGAUCCUUGCAAAAUGGUCUCCAAUCCCAGAAGAAGCUCAGCCUGAAGUCUCGACAAUGCCUUUAUGGGUCACUUUGAAAAAUGUUCCUCACUCGAUGUAUUCAUGGGAGGGUCUCGGGUUUCUUUCUAGUCCAAUAGGAGAUCCCAUUCGACUUCAUCCGGAAACAGAAUUAUGUAGCAACUUUGAAGAGGCAAAGGUGUUCGUUGGAGUAAAUUUAACAAAGUCUCUCCCACAAAAAUUCUGCUUCAAGUUGAAUCAAGUGGAGGAGGUCACCGUGGAAUUUGUUUAUCCUUGGCUCCCUCCUCGACGCUCAAGGUGCAGCAAAUGGGGCCACACGGAGGAUGUUUGUGUGACCAAAAAAGCGUCUCCCGUGAAGGUAAAGGCAGAUGACUUAGAAGAAGGUGAGCUGGUAGCAGAAAAUGAUUCUGAAAAAACAGAGACCUCUGUUCCAGUUGAGGUGCAAGAGGUGCAAACACCUACGUUGGCCGUAUCGAAUGCAGUGCAGCAAAACAGAGCCGCUGAGACACAUGAGGAGCAAGAUAAUAUAACACAAGGUGCUGAUAAGGAUGGUUGGUCCUUAGUUUCCCCAGGGAAAGGCUGUAAGAGUAAUGAGAAGGUUCAAAGCUCACUAGCUUAUGGUCAAGUUACUAUUCUCUCUGCUUCUCGAUUCUCUGUUCUAGAUAAUAUUGAAGAGCCCAAGCUAGACGAUGCAGUCAUCGAAGGGGAAGUGGCAGAAGGUAAGGAAAGUCUAGACAAAAAUGUCGAGAAUGGUGUUAACACUCAUGCAAGUUCGACGCAGGCCAUCACAGAAGUAGAGAAAGCAAGCUCGGUCCGAGCUACCCGUCAAACAAAGAAUUCACAGAAAGCUACAUCGGAAUCUUUUUCUCAACAAGCUAAGGCUCGCCCUAGCGUAUCGAGCAAAAGAACCUCCAAAUAACAUCAUUAAUGUCUUGCUUUUUCUGGAAUGUGCGCGGUUUCAAUAAAUCAACAAAACAUUC